AUGGCAUCGAAAACGAAAAGUUUUGUAACUCCUUUAAUUCGUCAUGUUACGAGCAGGGGUUACGCUCAGGCUGCACCAGCGGCUAGGAAGGAAUCCAAGGUAUCAAGUACAGUCCUCCCCAACAAAACUUUUGUAGCAGCCUUGGACAAUGGGUCCCCAGUCACUCGAGUAACUGUCGCGUUCAAGGCUGGUUCCCGUUAUGAGCCGCAGACUGAGCUGGGUGUUGCCCAUAUGCUUCGUUCUGCUGCUGGCCUUAGCACCAAGCAUGCCAACUCUUUCAUUCUGGCACGUAAAUUGGCACAGAUCGGUGCCUCUGUAACUGCUUCUGGUGACCGCGAGUUUAUCUAUUACACUCUGGAGACAACCCAGGACAAUUUGAAUGAAGCACUGGAGCUUUUGAACCAAGUGGUUUCUGGACAGGAGUUCAGACCUUGGGAGCUGGCUGACAAUGAGCCUCGUCUCAAGUUUGACAUUGCAGCACUCCCACCUCAGAUCCGUGCUGUGGACCUGCUCCACAAAGCUGCGUAUCGCCGUGGCCUGGGCAAUUCUCUUUUCAUCUCGCCCAAGAGGAUCGGCAAGAUUUCAUCCGAGUCUCUGCAGCAUUAUGCAUGCAAUCUGUUGACUGCCUCACGUUGCGCUGUUGCUGUCGUUGGGAGCACUCAGGAAAGGGCUAACAUGAUUGCUCAGCACCUGAACCUAUCUUCUAAUGAUUUUACUGCAGAAGCCACAAAAUAUAUUGGUGGAGAUUUGAGGAAAGAAAUGGGCGGUGAUCUGGCUCACAUAGCCCUUGCAGUCCAGGGCGCUCCAGCUGGCUCUCCACAGGCUCUCGCCUUAGCCGUUGCUGCUAAAGCUCUUGGCAACGGCCCGGUAACCAAGUGGGGUUCCGACAACUCGCCCUUGGCCAAGGCAAUCGGCAACGUUGGACCAUUCGCGGCAGCCGGCUUCAACGUGGCCUACUCGGACAGUGGCCUCUUCGGUGUUGUACUCUCUGUGCCUAAGGAUGAGGCCAACUCUGCAGUGAAGGCUGUAGGUAAUAUCCUGAAGAAACCUGCAUUGAAUGCUGCUGCUAUUCAGGCUGGCAAGAGCCAGUUGAAGCUACAGAUCCUGUGUGAAGGUGAUGCAGGAGCUUCCCUGGCCGAGUCUAUGACUGCACAAGGUUUCUACACUGGAUCUGUCAAGACACCUGCUGACAUUGCAAAGCAAAUUGAUGCCCUUUCGCCCAAUGAUAUCUCAAAGGCUCUUUCCAGUGCCGCCGCAAGCAAACUUUCCAUGGGUGCCGCAGGAAACCUAGCAUUUGUUCCCUACACAGAUGAAUUAUAA